AUGUCAAUCGGCGUCGCAAUCAUUGGUUCUGGCAUAUUUGCUCAGACAGAGCACCUGCCAGCAGUCCAAGCUACCCCUCUUUUGUCCCUCAAAGCUAUAUACUCCCGUUCUCUCUCAUCCGCACAAUCAUUAAAUGUCGAUGUUCCUCUCUAUUCCGACGACUCAGGUGUUGGAAAAACAUACCACGACCUCCUUCUUCGUUCUGACAUACAUGCUGUGAUAAUUGCUCUUCCAAUUCUCGUCCAGCCAGAAUACAUCGAAGCAGCUCUCGCAGCGGGCAAACAUGUCCUAUCCGAGAAACCGAUUGCAGGAGACUUAGAGCGCGCGCAACGCUUGCUAGAAUAUUAUAAGAGCGAUAAAGUAAAGGAUGGGACUACAUGGAGCGUGGCUGAGAAUUUCCGAUUCUUGGAUUCGUUCAUCCAUGCGAGGAAGGAAAUAGAAAAACUAGGAAGAGUCUUGGGGUUUCGUAUGCAAUCUUUUGGAAAUGUUAAGCAAGGAUCUAAGUACUACGAAACUGAAUGGCGCAAGAAGCCGGAUUACCAAGGCGGCUUUUUACUCGAUGGAGGUGUGCAUUUCACGGCAGCCGGAAGAUUGCUCUUGGGUGGGGCUGCAAGACCGACAUCCGUUGUAGCGUUCAGUACACUUCUUCGCGAACAUCUGCCACCUGUUGACACGAUAAAUUCAGUAUGGCUCACAAAUUCUGGAGUAUCAGGCACAUUCAGUGUUUCCUUCGGUACCACUCUUUCUGGUCCCGAAUACACAGUAGCUUGUGAGGAUGGUAGCGUUACAGUCAUCAGAAGCAAGGUCAUUGUACGCAAGGGCGAAGAGAACGAAAAGAACUUUACAGAGGUUGAGUUCACGGAAGAGGGAAGUGGAGUGAAGCAGGAGGUUGCUGCUUGGGCGCAAAGUAUUGUGGACAAAAAGCCUGAUACUAGACAAUCCCCAGAGGAAGCUCUUGCUGAUUUGGAAAUCUUGGAAAAGCUGUUGCGAAGUGGGGAAGAACAAGGGAAGAGUCAAAAUUUGCAGUUCCAGAUUUAG